CUUCACCUUGUUUAAAUCAAUGGAAGGUUCGAUGGUUGCAUUGGCUACAGAUAUGAUUUGAAUUAUUAACCAUUCACAGUUGUAAAGAUGGUAUCAAUAGCAUCUAUCGUAUGUUUGGGGGCAGCAUGACUUAAUGUUCGUUCCAACUGACAUCCUGUUUGCGUUUGAAUUCUGGUGGUGAAUCAAGAAACAGUAGUCAUGCCGAGAGCGAAGAAUCUAGCGGGAGGAAUCGUCUUCACAACGAUCCUGUAUUUUUCAAGCUUUUUUUGGCUCCAUAGUGCUAUUGAUGCCGUUCCUUCCCUUGAUAAUACUGAAGCCAAAAUGGGCAAGGAAUGUUCUGGAUUUUUUCCUGUAUAUGUGGUUCUCAUUUGCAGUGGCCAUGUAUGAGUUGAUGCUGGGUGUGAAGGUCAAGAUCCAAGGUCGACCUUCCAAGCCAACAGACAGCGUGUUGAUAUUGAUGAACCAUCGUACACGACUUGACUGGCUGUUCCUCAUGUCCUACCAGCUCCGCUGUGGCUCCCUCAUGCACUACAAGAUCUCACUCAAGGACCAGCUUAAGUUUGUACCUGGACCAGGCUGGGCUAUGCAGUGUGCGGCGUUCCUGUUCUUACGGCGACGGUGGGAGGCAGACCAGCCAGUUAUAACAGCGGCACUGAAAUACUUCCACAAGGUUGACUACAGGUUGCAGUUUCUGUUGUUUCCUGAGGGUACCGACUUCACUGCAAAUACUUUGUCAAAGAGUGACAAGUUUGCAGAAAAGAAUGGCUUCCCUAAAUAUAGAUACGUCCUUCACCCUCGAACAACCGGCGUCGUGUUUCUUGUGCAACAGAUGAAGGAAGAAAACCUUCUAGAUUCUGUUCUCAACGUCAGUAUCGGAUAUCCCAAAACAAUGCCAAUUGGAGAAUUUGAUGUGUUUACUGGGAAUUUCCCUGAAGAAAUACAUUUCCAUGUUAAUUCCACACCAGUUGUUGAUUUCCCUACCUCAUCUGAUGACCUUGUCAACUGGUGUCAAAAUCGGUGGUCAGAAAAAGAAGAACAACUUCGCUUAUAUUACGAAAAAAGAGAGUUCUCUCCCUUUGAGAACCAAGCAAAAGAUAUGAUCUAUGACACAGUUGAAACUGUUAGUGAAGAGUCUAUUAGGAGAUACCUUUAUAAAGUGAUUGCAUUCUGGUCUGUUUUCAUUCUCCUAGUGUUUUACUCCCUGUAUACAGUGUCAUUGUUUCGAUGGUACUCACUUUUCAGCAUAAUUGCAUUUAGCGUUUUGGAAAGAAAGUAUGGUGGUUUGGAUACCAUUCAGUUUUUAUAUGAUUUUUGAUGACUCUACAGCAUAUAUUCAAUAAGCUACUUCAUAAUCAUAAAAGCUAUUCAAAUUAUAUGUUAAUUCGGACAUGAAAUCUGUAUGUAUGUGUAUGCAUGCCGUGGUGUCAUCAAUAUUAGUUUCCUGUAUUCAGGUGUACCCUUCUUUGGUGUGAAAUGGUUGCACUGUCAAGAAAUGAUGAAAUUGGAUUUCUACUGUACCAAAUAUAGAAUUUCAGUAUCUGGCUAA